AUGAAGACGCGCCAGGUGGCCGAGGCACUCGGCGUUACCCGUGGCGCGGGCCCACUGACUGUGGAGCAGAUGAAGAGCUCCAAAUACAAGAUAGAAACGAUGGGCGUCGUGAAAGGGGCGUUCGCCAGUUUAAAAGCGGACGGCGGAAAUGAGGCAUGGGAGGUCACGGAUGUGACCGAGACGACCGCGCACCUUAUCGACGCGCGCGCUGCUACUAGGCAGCGCGCGGGCGCCCGCGCCAUGGAGCCGAAGACGGUCGACAUCAACGCCGAGCUGGAGAAGAAGACCAUGACGUUGCUGGGGGGUUUUAAGCGCCAGGUCGCCACGCAGCCUUGCGGCGUGGACCUCAGCGGCUGGGGCGCCGACGUCGCCAUCGGCAUAUGCAUGCGCGCGGCGCGAGUCGCGCAUGACAAGCACUGCGAGGUGCUCGCGGCCAUCGUGAUCUUGGAGCCCCCGACCGCGGUGCAUCUCACAGGCGACACCAAAAACAAAAAAUGCGAGCUCACGCUGGCGGCGUCCAGCACCAGGUUCGUCACGAAGGCCGCUGGCGCGACCUGGACUGACAAGCCGACAUCGGCGGUCGACCUGGGAACCGUCACGCUGCAGCGUGAUGGCAUGCCACCAUCGGCAUUCAACGCUGCCACCUUGCCGCGCUUCGCUGCGGGCGAGAAGGCGAAGAAGCCGCGGGCGGCGCCGCGCUGGCGGGUCCCCAGUUCCUCCGGCGACGGCAACAUGAAGCAGAGCGCCGCCGAGGUGGUCUUGACGGACAACACUGGCACACACAAGCUGAACGCGCCGUGCAUGGUGAACACCAAGGAG